AUGGACGAGGAGCGUGCGAAGCGGAUCGAGUUACAGGAGGAACAGCGCGCUCUUUCUCUCCAGCUUGUAGCCUCACAGCAACAAGAACUCAACCGUCGUGCCGAACUCAACAUCAUCAGCGACGAGUUGGAAAAUUCCCGCAAGAAACAUGCGCGGGAGAUCGCAGACCUAGAGUUUGAUUUACAGAAGAAGGAUAGACUUCUUCGAGAGGCGAAUGAGGACCUGAGGGCUUGUCGGAAUGAUCUUGAACAGGAGCGGGAAACAGUGUCCUCGCUCAAGUCCGCCCUCAACGCACAGUCCAAUGCACACCUCACUCUAACUGCCGAAAAUCGGUCAUUCCAAACACAAUUCACCGCUUUGCAGGCUCAGUACGACGAACUUCUGCGGACGAAUGCUAAUCUUAUUCUCGAUCUCGAGGCAGAACGACAGGAGAAAAUUGAAAUGAGGAAGGAAGCUACGGAAAAUGAGGCCGUGCGACGCAAAUUGCACAACAUGGUACAGGAAUUGAAGGGAAACAUUCGCGUCUUUUGUAGAGUUCGACCAGUUUUACCAUCCGAUAUUACACCAUCUAGUGGUUACCAACCCACUAACAGUCCAAACCCGUCCCCUAACGAGGAGCUUGAACUCAUUCGCCAGGAGCUCAAGGCUGAUAUUUCUUUCCCCGAUCGAAGAGACCACCGCGAAAUCAAUAUUUGGUCCUCCAGUGAAAGUGCGACUGGCCAAGAGAGGAAGGAGAGUUAUCAGUUCAUGUUUGACAAGGUGUUCGAACCCGAAUGCACUCAGGCAGAAGUCUUCGAGGAAAUUUCGAUGCUUGCUCAGAGCUGUGUGGAUGGAUACAAUGUUUGCAUCUUUGCAUAUGGCCAGACAGGUUCAGGCAAAUCGUUUACAAUGGAAGGCGGCGCAUCUAAUGCUACUAAGGGUAUGAUUCCACGAGCAGUAGACCAAGUUUUCCGCGUCGCAGAAGACCUCCGAAGCAAAGGCUGGGAGUAUCAAAUGGAAGGACAAUUUCUUGAGAUUUAUAACGAGGCAAUCAACGAUCUUCUCGGAAAGCACGAGUUUGACAAGAAAAAGCAUGAGAUAAAGCACGAUCCAAAGACUGGCUCAACGCGCGUCACUGACAUUACUGUUAUCCCCCUGAGCUCCCCUACACAAGUACGAGCUCUUCUUUCGUCUGCUCAAUCACGCAGAAGUGUUGCAGCUACGCUAAUGAACGAGCGCUCUUCACGAUCGCACUCUGUGUUUACACUUCGAAUCACCGGCUCAAAUGCGGCCACGGGUGAGAGCUGUGAAGGAUGCUUGAAUCUUGUAGACCUCGCAGGGAGUGAAAGGAUCAAUGUCAGCUUUGGGAACGGAUUCGGAACUGCUGGCAGUAACGACAAGGAAAGGCUGAAGGAAACGCAAAGUAUUAAUCGAAGUCUUAGUGCGCUCGGAGACGUUAUCGCUGCGCUCGGCGAGAAGAGCGAACGGGGCGACAAACAUAUACCGUACAGAAAUUCCAAGCUCACUUAUCUACUUCAAAAUUCUUUGAGUGGGAAUUCUAAGACCUUGAUGGUUCUUAACCUUUCGCCGUUAGCCUCACAUCUUAAUGAAUCAUUGACUUCUCUACGAUUUGCAACGAAGGUCAACAAUACAACGCUGGGAACGGCAAAAAAGCAGUCCCGGUAG